AUGGAGCAUUAUUUAAGUUUGAAACAAGGGCCCACAGCUUCACAGGUCCUUCAAAGUAACCCGAAGUUCAAAUCACUCUUUGACCAACUUGGCUUCGGGCCUCAAGCAAGAGAAGCAACUGUUGUAGCUCUUAUGAAUAUCUCUGCAGAGUCUAACCCUCAUUGCUUUACCACUCAACCACAAAGGUCAUUUUUGGGAAAUGACAAUGCUAUUGUCUUCACGGACGAAGACAUGGAAGUUCCAUACCCGGACCAUAGGAGGCCGCUUUAUUUGGAGGGUCAAAUCAACGAUGUGUUUAUAAGAAGAGCUUUGGUAGACAGAGGUUCCUCUGUCAUGAUAUUACCUCUGUCUGUGCUUACGGCAGCUGGUAUCCCAUUAUCCAAAAUUGUCCAAUCACAAACAAGUAUCAGCGGUUUCGGGAAUAAGAGUGAGGUCACAGUCGGGCAUGUGCAAGUAAAUUUGAAGGUUGGGCCGGUUCGGUCACUUACCAAGUUCUAUGUCAUAGAUGUGGAUGUGGCUUACCAUGCUUUGCUAGGAAGGCCAUGGCUCAACAAGCAUAAACUUGUGGGAAGGAUUGGGCUGAGGCCACUACGCAUACCUGGAAAUCAAGCACCGUUCAACAAGGAUGAAGCUCACUACUUCGAGGCAAAAUUCUACACUGAAUGCACAGGUGCUGGAAGCAACCCAUCCAAGGAUUUCGAGACCUAUCUUCCUUCGUGGACUGAAAUUCAUGAUCUAAACAAUGAGGAGCUCAUCACCAUUGUCGAUCGAAAGAGGAAGAGGCACUCGGAGGUCAACAAUCAUGCCUACGAUUAUCCCCAAUGCUCGAAGGUGAUGCUGCCCGAUGGACGUACUGUGUACCGCUUAUGA